UGUAUGGAUAUUAGAUGUCUCAAAUGGGUCGUGGCAGCAGUCAGCCCAGCACAAUGUUGGCCCUGUUCUCUGGCAUGCCGCAGCUGUUGCUUACCCUGGAGAACUUACAGUAUAUGGUGGCAUAAAGAACAAUCUACUGGAUCCCUCUCAGCCCAAGGUGACUGUUGGAUGGUGGAGGUGGAAGGAACCCAGCUAGGUCUGAAAUAUGCCCACUGGCAAGAAGUACCUAUUCCUUAUGAACACAGUCAGCCUCGGUGUUGGCAUGAGGCUGCUGUGAUACCAGAAGGGGAGCUGUACAUUCACUCAGGCUUAACCCAGCCAUUCUACAUCACCAGGGAUUUGUUAACAGAUCAUGCUGAAGAAAUGGUUGUACUGAGGUUCAGUCCCCCAAGUCUACAGAGAUUAACAAUAGAAGCUGUAUGUGGAUUAGACUUGCAGCUACGUUCCCAUUGGUGCCAGCUUCCACAGACUCUGCAGCACAUCCUUAAAACCCGAACUUGUCCUGAUCGGAUAUUGUAGCAUUUUAUUUAUUACAUAAUUUUGGGAACUACUUUGCAGCAUAAUGAUCUUGCCUUAAAAGUAGUAAUUUUCUUAAAAUCACAGUCAGUCACAAGCCUUUAGUGUUUGUGUGUGUGUGUGUGUGCAUAAGAUUUUUUCUCCCCAUUUUGUUAUUAUUUAACUUUUUGGAUGUUAGAGAAUUCAAGUUACAUAUUUUUGGAUGUUAGGGAAUUCACGUUAUUUGAUAUUACUGUUUAUCACUUUGGGAAAAGUAUCACACUGCUUCUGUUAGAUUAUGUCUGAUAUGUGUGCUGCUUAAAUUAUUGUACGAUACUCACCUUGUUCACCAAAAAUGAAAUAAAGCUUGGAGAGAGAGACUGAAACAUGUUUAAAAGAAAA